AUGGCGUGCGAGUUCUUUUUUUAUGACCCCUCUGCCGUAUCCUGGUUUCCGCUGAUGUAUAAUGGCACGCUUGUGCCUGGCUAUGGUGCCGCCGGAAGUACUCUGGCUGUUGGCCUGGAUCAAAUUGAGGUUUCCCCCGAUGGUGACUACUUGUACUAUCAACCAUGUAUCGGCGGAUUGUAUCGCAUUAAAAUGUCCUAUGUUGAUGCGACAUUGUCAAAUACAACACUGGCCGCUUCCCUGGGUGAUUACGCGGAGCCAUUCGCGCUCACGCCGAGCACAGGCGGUACUACUAUCGAUGCAGCCGGGAACAUAUACGUCAGCGACACAAACUUACUCGCUAUCUGGAAGGUCACGCCGGAAGGGCGUGCCACUAUUCUUGUCCAAGACGAUGCGCUUCUCUGGAUGGACUUGAUGUGGGUUACUUCUGACAAACAUUUAUGGCUCCCAGCAUCUCAAAUGUGA